GAUAUCAUUCAUUCGGAAAAUUUGGAAAGUACUUUUUGGUUGGCAUCUUUAAUAAUGCGAUUCUCUUGGGAGUUCCAAUACUAUUCCUCAUACUCUCCGGGCAAAAUCUGGACAUUAUAUUUAAAUAUUAUCUAAAUGUUCAAUGGGGGGUACGCGCAUGGACUUGUAUUUCCGCGACAUUGGUGGCCGUACCUUUUAUACUCAUAAAAUCCAUGAAAGAGAUAGUUCUGUUGAGUUUUUUCGGAGCUUUUUCCACGUUCAUUUGUGUCAUUGCCAUUGUGGUGCUUUCUUUUGAGGACCUCCCUAAUAUCUAUGAGUCCUCAGAUCCGCCUACUCAUAACUUGAUAUCAUUUGCUGAAUUUCCCAUCGCGUUAGCUACCAUUUCUUUUUCGUAUGGUGGCAACAGCGUUUUCCCUCAUAUUGAAGAAAGUAUGGACCGACGAAAAGACUGGAACAAAGUUGUCGCUGCAGCUAUGGCUACAUGUGCAUUCAUGUACACGUUGGUCUCCUUCGCGGGAUACUAUGUUUAUGGAGAUAAUUCCUUUAGUCCUAUUUUCAGAAAUUUACCCCAAGGGCCACUGUUGAUUAUAGCAUCCUUGCUAAUUACCAUUCACGUGCUCUUGACGGCGCCAAUUCUUUUAACAUCCUUCGCUACCGAUAUGGAGAGAAUUCUGAAGAUUACGUGCGAAGACCAUUCUCGCGUUGCUGAGUUCCUCUUACGUGUGGCAUUUCGUUCUUCCCUAAUUGUCAUUACCACUGCUGCUGCCGUUUUCGUUCCUUUCUUUGGGGACCUAAUGGCACUCCUAGGUGCUCUGGCAGUAUGCCUCCUCGUAUUUGUUCUUCCAGUGGUGUUUUAUGUGAAACUAUAUGGAUUUGAAAAGAUAUCUUAUCUAGAGUUAAUAUGGGGCGGAUUUGUGAUAUUGAUUGGGACGAUCUGUUGUGUGAUCGGAACUGUUGAAGCACUCCGAGACUUAGAAAAAGAUUUUCACGAGUUGUCAAACUAA